AUCGAUACAUCCAAGCCAAGAAUAAGGAAGCAUUUCUUGAAAGUCUCUUCCUGUGUUCCUCUCCGAUCUUUCCUCCCAAAUCUUUAUUUCCAAUAAAGUGGUAUCAAAGCUGACUUUCCAGAGAUGAAUAGCACUUUUCCCUUUGUAGUUCCCAAACUUACAAAGGAGAAUUAUGGACAUUGGUGUAUCCGCAUGAAGGCAUUGCUUGGCUCACAAGAAGCAUGGGAGGUUGUUGAGAAAGGCUAUGAUGAACCAGAGAAUGAAGGAGUCUUGAAUCAAAAUCAGAAGAAUGCUUUGUAGAAGCUUCGAAAGCAAGAUCAACAUGCCCUCUCUAUCAUACACAUGGGCUUGGAUGAAGCUCUGUUUGAGAAAGUUGCUACUGCAACAAAGGCUAAGGAAGCCUGGGGGAUUCUUGAGAAUAAUUUGAAAGGAAUUGACAAAGUGAAGAAGGUUCACCUUCAGACUCUUCGUAGUGAGUUUGAAUCUCUACAUAUGAAGGAGUCUGAAUCUGUUUUCGACUAUUUCACUAGAGUGUCUUCCAUUGUCAAUCAAAUGAAGCGUUAUAGAGAGAAGAUUGAAGAUGUACGUGUUGUGGAGAAGAUUCUCAGGUCACUUGACUCAAAACUUGAGUUUGUGAGUGUUGCCAUUGAAGAAUCAAAUGACCUGGAUUCCAUGACCCUCGAUCAACUCAUGGGGUCCUUGCAAGCAUAUGAAGAAAGACUUAAAAAGAAGCAAGAACCGGUGGCCCAAGUUCUCCAAACUAAGGUCUCUUUGAAAGAACAAGAGCAAGAGCAUGGACGAAGUUCCUCCACCAACAAUGAGGAGAGGGCUAAUUAUGUUGAAGCAAAAGAAGAAGAAGAAUUGUUGCUGUUGAUGGCAACUAAAGAAGAAAGAGAUACCGGAGCAUGGUACCUUGACACGAGUGCCGCUAAUCACAUGAGUGGCAACAAAGAGUUGUUCUCAACUCUUAAUGAGGCAAUGAAAGGCAACAUUAUAUUUGGAGAUGAUACCAAAAUCCCAAUCAAAGGCAAAGGUGAUGUUCUCAUCCGUUCGAAAAAUGGAAGUCACCUUUUAAUUACUCAAGUUUAUUAUGUGCCUACUUUGAAAUCUAAUAUUUUGAGCUUGGGACAAUUACUUGAGAUGGGGUAUGACAUUCAUUUGAAGGAUGGUUGCCUUACUUUGAGAGAUGGUUCACACAACUUGGUUGCGAAGGUGCCUAUGGAGAAGAAUAGAAUGUUUUUGCUCAAUGUUCACAUGGAUCAUCCAAGAAGCUUGAAGACUUGUGUUGAAGAAGCUUCUUGGCUUUGGCACUUGAGAUUGGGUCACUUGAACUUUGGUGGCUUGAAGGCUUUAGUAAGUGAAGAGAUGGUGAAUGGGUUGCCCAAAGUUAAUCACCCCAACCAACUCUGUGAAGGAUGUCUUUUUGGCAAGCAAGCUAGAAAAAGCUUUCCAAAGGAGGCCACUUUUAGAGCAACCAAGCCACUCCAACUGGCAAAAAGUGAAGUUUUUGGAGCAUUCCAAAAAUUCAAAGCUCUUGUCAAGAAGGAGAGUGGUUACUCUAUCAAAGGCUUAAGGACUAAUCGAGGAGGAGAAUUCACUUCCAAGGAAUUUCAAAAUUUCUGUGAAAAUAAUGGAAUUCGUCAUUUCCUCACUGUUCCGAGGUCCCCGCAACAGAAUGGCGUCGUCAAGCGAAAGAAUAGAACCAUUCUUAACAUGGUUCGAAGCAUGCUUAGGAGCAAGAAUAUGCCCAAGGAAUUCUGGGCAGAAGCAGUGGCAUGUGCUGUGUAUUUGUCUAAUCUUUCUCCCUCAGAAAGUGUUCAAGAUGAGAAGAGAUCCAAGCUUGAUGGAAAAAGUGAGAAAUUUGUCUUCAUCGGCUAUGAUUCAAGCUCCAAAGGCUACAAGUUCUACAAUCCAUCCAAUGGGAAGAUCGUAAUCAGAGAAUCCAGACAAGACACAAGGCAAGAUGUUGCUACUCCACCUCAAUCUCCUCAUGGAUCUCGAUCACCUGACGAUUGUUCUUUUGAAGGGCCACUACGUACAAAAAAUCUUGCUGAUAUUUAUGAAGAAACAGAGGUGGUUGAUAAUCCAAGUUUCUUUUGUCUCUUUGCUGACAUCGAACCGUUAAAUUUUGAAAAGGCAACAGUAGACAAGAAAUGGAAGCAUGCAAUGGAUGAAGAGAUUAAAGCAAUCCAAAAGAAUGGCACAUGGGAGCUGGUGACUCUUCUGAAAGGGCAAAAGGCAAUUGGCGUGAAGUGGGUGUACAAAGUGAAGAAAAAUGCUCAAGGGAAAGUGGAGAAAUAUAAGGCAAGGUUUGUUGCAAAGGGUUAUAUCCAAGAAUAUGGCAUUGACUAUGAUGAGGUUUUUGCCCCUGUUGCUCGCUUGGAAACCAUUCAGUUGAUUAUCUCCUUGGCAGCUCAAAACAACUGGAAAAUUUAUCAAAUGGACGUUAAGUUCACUUUCUUGAAUGGCUAUCUUGAAGAGGAAGUGUAUGUUCAACAGCCAUUGGGAUAUGUUGUCAAGGGACAUGAAGACAAAGUCUUGAAAUUGAAGAAGGCAUUGUAUGGCUUGAAGCAAGCGCCAAGGGCAUGGUAUAGCCACAUUGACAAAUAUUUCCAAGACCAUGGCUUCACCAAAUGUCCACAUGAACAUGCUCUUUAUGUCAAAGAAGACAAAACUGGAGGCUUUACGCUAGUGUGCUUGUACGUUGAUGACUUGAUCUUCACCAGCAAUAAUGCAAACAUGUUUGAAGAAUUUAAGAAGGCAAUGACUCAAGAAUUUGAGAUGACCGACAUUGGCCUCAUGUGCUACUACCUUGGAAUUGAGGUAAAGCAAAAUGAAGAUGGGAUUUUUAUUUCUCAAGAAGCUUAUGCAAAGAAAGUUCUGGAGAAAUUUGAAAUGGCAAAUUGCAAGCUGGUAAGCACCCCCAUUGCUUGUGGAACUCGAUUGUCGAAGUACGAUGAAAGUACAAAGGUGGAUCCCUCUCUGUAUAGAAGCCUUGUUGGAAAUCUGAGAUAUUUGACUUGCACACGGCCAGACAUUCUCUAUGGUGUUGGUCUUAUGAGUCGAUACAUGGAGGCACCUACUUCAACAUACAUGAAGAUGGCCAAGAGAGUACUUCGAUACAUCAAAGGUACUGUUGAUUAUGGCCUAACUUAUUCUUUUUCCACAAAUUUCCAACUCUAUGGCUACAGUGAUAAUGACUGGGGUGGUGAUGUUGAUGAUCGAAAAAGCACCACUGGUUUUCUAUUUUUCUUGGGUGACACUGCUUUCACUUGGUGUUCAAAAAAGCAACCCAUUAUAACUCUCUCUACUUGUGAAGUUGAAUUUGUUUCUGCUGCAGCAUGUGUCUGUCAUGCAAUUUGGCUAAGGAAGUUGUUGGAGAUGCUGCGCAUACCUCAAGAUGAAGCUACAAUCAUUUACAUAGAUAACAAGUCAACUAUUGCUUUGGGAAAGAAUCCAAUGUUUCAUGAUCGAAGCAAGCAUAUAGACACUGGAUAUCACUUCAUAAGGGAGUGCAUUGAGAGGAAAGAUGUAAAGCUUGCCUAUGUGAAGACUAACGUUCAAAUUGCAGAUAUUUUCACUAAGGCACUGAAAUUUGAAGAUUUUGCAAGACUGCGUGCUUGGAUUGGAGUGACUAAAGGUGAUCAAGUUUAAGAGGGGAUGUUGGAAAAAUAAACUUGAUUUAUUAAU